AUGGCGGUUUACACAGAAGAGGAGGCGGUAGCGAAGAGGGGUGUGUGGAAAGGCGAAAUCGCAGGAGCGGAAAAUGCGAAGACCUAUACCGUGACCUUGCACCCCAGCGACUAUGCGAUGUUCGCCCUUUUGGGCGCCGCUGGUGGAUUAGUUGGUGCGCUCUUCAAUGCGCUGAAUAUUCGGUGGUGUGCCUUCAAGGCCAAAGCGUCCUUCCGCAAGUGGGUCGGCCCUGUACAGGAGGCCUCCUUCUUAGCCUUUCUGACCUUGCUCUCCUCGUGGCCCUUGAGCUUGACGCGCUAUCUCAAUGCCCAGACCAUCCAUGCCCUCUUCGAUACCUGCAGCGACGAGCCGGGCGAAACGGUACGGAGCAGGCUGCAGGCGGAGUUUGGACUCUGCACGGAGGAUGGCUACAGCAAUUCCUCCGGCAAUGGGCUCUUGACGUCCUUGGGCUUUGCUGCGGCGAUCCGCUUUUGUCAGACGGUUCUGACGAUUGGCACCGCCUGUCCAGCGGGUCUCUUCGUGCCAUCGCUCUUCAUCGGCGCUUGCUUGGGGCGGUGCUUGGCGCUGGGCCUCAAGGCUUUGAACACUGGGACACGUUUGUUUCCCCACAAGAUCGAUCCUGGCGUCUACUCCAUGGUGGGAGCCGCCUCAGUCUUGGGCGGCGUCAGUCGGAUGACCAUCUCCCUGGUGGUCAUUAUGCUCGAGCUCACCGGAGGUUUAGACUACAUCGUGCCCUUCAUGAUCUCGGUCCUCCUCGCCAAGGCCGUGGGCGACUCCUUGAAUGAAGGCAUCUACGAUCUGCAGAUCGUGCUGAAAGGCUACCCCUUCUUGCAUGAGGAGUUGGAUGUGACCUUUACAGAGCGAUGCUGCGAUAUCAUGGAGACCGGCCUGGUGAAGCUAGACCUCAAUCUCCGCCCUCGAUUGCAGGACCUGCGGGUGAUGGUUCGCGCCUUCACCUUUCGUGGCUUCCCCAUCGUCGAUGGCGACUUCUUCGUGGGCUAUGUUCGCCGAUCACAGCUCGAAGAUGUUCUUGCGCGCAUGGAGCUGGUCAGAGGUCAAAACGAGGUCAUCUCCUUGGAUGACUUGCUUCCAGUGGUCGACACCACUGUGAUGCGCAUGGUGCCGAAUGCCCCCUUGACCCAGGCACAUCAAGUCUUCAAGCAGCUGGGAUGCCAGCGCAUUUUCUUGGUGGGCUCCAUGCCGGGCGGGCAGCAGGACGUCUUGCAGGGCAUCAUCACGAAGAAGAACUUUUUGAAGUUCUUGCAGGAUGGAACCGUGCUAUGCUUGGGAUUGAUUCAAUUUGUCAAGCUGGUAUUGGGGGUCUAUAGUUGCGCCAGUGCUUUGCGCUUCUCCUAUGAGGGGCCUCAGCAGGAGAGCACGGCGUCGCACAUCCGUUUGGGCGAGCUCUUCUCUGUGCUCGACGCGGCCGCCGAAGCCGGCGGAGAGCAGAGGAGCGGAUGCGGAGGCGGCAUCAGGCUCACCAGCGGCACGAGGCCAAUGGCUCGCCGCUCUCGGUCGGCACCGGCCAGCCCGGACCGUGAGCAACGGCCCGUGUUGGACCCGCGCGGAGCGGAGCAUGGCGCGAACGAAAGAGCGGAGACGGAGCGGAGACCCCGAGACGAGGUCAACGGUGUCCCCGGCGUCGCUUCGGCGGAGAGGGUUCCUGUCCGAACCGCGACCAUUGACAAGCCGGAUGAGAAGCCAGACAUUCCGAAGGUCAGUACCAGGAGCAACCCAAGCGUCACCGAUGCCUUGCCAGAGUAUUGGUAUCACAACAAGACUCCGGCGAGCGUCGUAUUUGAUGAGAUGUAUUACACGCAAGACAAGGAUGAAAAGGCGCAUGCGGCCUUCGAUGAGAUGUUCAAGGCAUCUUAUGUGGCCAGCGCCACACGGGACCGGCCCUGUCCGUCGAGCUCUUGCGCCAAGACACCCGGAGGGUGUCCUUGUGUGCAGCCCGGCGCCGACCCGGGACUUCCCGUGGCCUACCGCACGCGCCGCGUGAUCCGAGUGGAGGCCGCUGACAUGUGGCGAAGCUACGUGGCCAAACGCGCCCGAAUCCGCCAGAACCGUUCAUCAGAAGGCAUCGAUCUCUUUGACCCCGAGCCCAAGACGCAGGAGACGGUGAUGAAGAAUCAAGGCAUGUUUGCCGCGCUGGACACCUCCGUGAACGAAUGCUAUGCGUUCCACGGAACCUUCGUCCGCUAUGCGCUCUCCAUUGCCGAGAACGAUUUCAACAUCGACUUGGCGGGCUCGAGUACCGGGACCCUGUAUGGACGUGGCGCCUACCUGGGCGAAUCCAUCACCAAGGCGGAUGAGUAUGCCAAAGAUGAACCAGGUGGCUAUUACGAGGGUGUCUUUGCAGUUCUGGUGUGCCGUGUGACCAUGGGCAAGAUGAACGUCACCAAGAAUGACCCCGCCGCUGGAGACAAAGUGAAGAAUGGGGAGUUCGAUAGUACCUGCGGCAAUCGCCUUUUCCGGGAGCUGGUGAUUUACUACUCCGACCAGUGUUACCCAGAGUACCUGGUGCUCUACCAACGGAUCUUGCAGUCAGAUGUGGAAGAAGAGAUCAAUCGGGUCUUGCGUCGGAAGUUCUUCAUGCAAGUGCCCCUGCACUGGAAGAAUGUGGCGACCGACUUGACCAAGACCAAAUUCCGCGAAAACCACGAGUUGGAAGGCGGUGGGCCCGGCAUCCAGCACAUGCAAUGCUUGGUGAAUCAAGCACGCAUUGAGCCGAAGCGUACCCUCCAGCGCUGCAUGCGUUUGGAGGAUGCUGAACUGUGGCAGCGCUUUGUAGACUUCAAGCAUGAACUCCAGGAGCGUUUGGGCGAGGAUGGCGCCGUCUCCAAUGAGCGCGGCAACCCCUUGCGCAUCGACGCCGUGGAGAAGGACUUGAGGGCUUUGAUGAAGCGACCGUGCAAGUUUUUCAAGGCUGGGAAUUGCAAGCGCGCGGACAAAUGCAAGUUUUCGCACAACGAGUUCGCUGCGGCGCUUGACGAUAUGGGCCUGGCCGCUGGCCGGCGCCUGCCAGUUGAUGAGAUGGACCGCAAACUUCAUGAAGGCUUUCUAUGGCUGGCAUGCUCAACAGGUGAUGAAGCUGAGGAGAUCAGCGAGGGCAGCAGCAAGAGUCGGCCCUUUUAUGAGGAGAGCCCCUUCUUUGAGAGCUUGGAUGCAGCCCUCAAAGAGGUCAAGUCACAGGAGGGCACGAAAUAUGCUGUCCUUUGUCGUGUGCUUUGUGGUGUGCCCGGCGACAACCCAGAGGAUGCCGACGACAAGGAUUGCAUCAUCUUGCAGGUGGAUGACAAGAAUCGGCGCAAGGUGCUCAUCAAGGACUCCCGUGCCGUGUACCCGGAGUACUUCCUGGAGCUCUACUCCCCCGACGACACCGACGCGGCGGCGCCCGACAGCAACGAAGCGCCGGUGGACGACCCGGUCGAGGUCCCGGUGGCCGAGCGGGCGGCCUCGGCCGCGGAGCCGAAGCAGACGAACGAGGUCGAGCAUGAAGAAGAUCCUGUCGAACGGCCGGGUGAGGAAGAAGACCCUGCUGCGUGGUCAGGUGAGGAAGAAGAUCCAAAAGACUGGACAGAGGAGGAAGACAAAGAGGCUGUCAGAGGCGCUGAGCAGUUUUGGUACCUCAGCAUUAAUGCAGACGACAUGGUGUUUGGCGCUUGCAUGGGCAAUUUCGAGGAUGCCAAGCAGGUGUGCGAGGAUGAUGAAGAUGGCGAUUUCGCAAUCAUCGUGGACCAGAACUUCACGAUUUUGAAGCGCUAUAGAGGCUUCGGGGAAUGUGAGGGGCAGCCACCCGACGUCCUUGAGGUUGCAGGAAACCAUUGGCCUGCCUUGACCAUGCCAGAGGAGAUCCAGCUGAAGCUGGUUUUCGCCAAUGACCACAACUCGGCGAAUAUCAGUGUGGCAAACAACACCAGCGUCAAGGAGGUGAAGCGAUUGAUCGUGCAACGGCACUGGCCCGAAAGCCCCAACCUCAUCCCAGCAGAGCAAGUCGAGAGGAUACGGCUUUUCGCAGCAGGCAAAGAGCUCGGGGGCAAAGGCUCAGAGGACUCAAAGACUUUGAAAGAUGCCAACAUUCUGCUGAGCAAAAAUGGCCCCACGCCUGUUCACGUGAUGGCCGUGGAGGGGGGCCCAGCGGUGGAGAGUGCUGAGAAGAGUGCUGCGAAGGCCAAUUCACAGUGCUUUUGCACACUGCUGUGA